UACGUUAGUCUGUUUCAGAGGGAGGACUGCAGGUGCAACAAGAUUUUGACAUGUCAAGAAAUCUAGCUGGCAAGCUAGCUAGCUAACAGUAUUAUUUUUCUGAUUAGUUGUAGCAUUUACUCAAACCAACCUUUCACUGAUGUAUUGCAAAUACGUAUGUUUGUUGCUCACUGCACACCAGUUUGUCUAGUUAGCUAGCAAGCGUCUGAAAAUGAUAUACCACAUCCCCUGGAUAUAUUUGCCAGUAAGGACUGUCCUAGCAAUCUGGCACCAACUGACAAAGUCUGAGAUCCCAGAGCUGGCCAAGGCCUCUGUGCUAAUGAGGGACCGCAGCAGAGUGGAGGAGACCAUACAGGCCAUGCAACGAGCCGGGCCAGAUGCCCUCCAGGUGAUCUCGGACUUUGACAUGACCCUCAGCAGAUUUGCCCACAACGGGAAGAGGUGCCCCACCACUCACAAUAUACUGGAUAACGACUUGCUCAUCAAUGACACCUGUAAGAAAAUGAUUAGGGAGUUGUUGAAUACCUACUACCCUAUUGAGAUCGACGCAACUCGCACCGUUGAGGAGAAGCUUCCUCACAUGGUGGAGUGGUGGACCAGUGUCCAUGAGCUGCUGAUCCAACAGAAGAUCAGGAGGGACCUGCUGGCUCAGGCAGUGAAGCAGUCCAGUGCCAUGCUCAGGGAGGGCUACAAGGUGUUCUUCGACCGGCUCCAGGAGCAGCAGGUUCCUCUGUUGAUCUUCUCGGCUGGCUUGGGGGACAUCCUGGAGGAAGUGAUCAGGCAGAACCACGUCUUCCACCCCAACGUCCACGUCAUCUCCAACUACAUGGACUUUGACCAGAGCGGUGUACUGCGGGCGUUCAAAGGCCAGUUGAUCCACACAUUCAACAAGAGAGAGGGCGCUCUGCUCCACGCGGCCCACUUCAGGGAGCUCAAAGAGCGGCCCAACGUGCUACUGCUAGGGGACUCUCUGGGAGACCUCACCAUGGCCGAUGGGUUGGCCCACACUCAGCACGCCCUCACCAUAGGCUUCCUCAAUGACCAGGUGGAGGAGAGGAAAGAGUCAUACGUCAACUCAUACGACAUCGUCCUGGUCAAGGAUGAAACCAUGGACGUCCCCAACGCCAUCCUCAACUACAUCACCACUGCGCCGGCCAAGUGAACCACCGUGAUUGGCCCGUGGAACGAAUCACGGGUCCGGUUACUUCCCGUUUGCACAGGCGCCAGGACUCAACCGCCACGAUGGACGACAUCACAAAGAGAGGAAGUUGACCCUUUUUUGACCUUUACAAAGCUGCAUGCACCACAAUAAUCCUCAGGCACCUUCAAACCAAUUCAACACCUCAGUGACAUUAUUUUAAAUGAAACCACCUUGUUUCAUGUGUGGGGUUGGUGCUGCAAAUCCCAUCCACUGAAGCCCCUCGAUUCUGUUAACCUAAUGUUUGUACCGAUUUACUGUAUGUUUCUAUGGUGUCUCUACUCUAAGGACGAGCAGCUCCUUCCAUUUGGAGAAGUGGUUGAUUUCGUAACUAAGUUAAAGGCCAGUAUUCUGAUUGCGCUUUGUCGGCUAUGCGCCUUUUAAAGGUGAAUGCCGUCUCCACGCUGUUAUGGGAGAAUGUUAUGACGUUAUUCACUUUAUUUUCCAAGGCGCAGGGCUGUGUAACGAGCAUCCACUGUAUCGCCCAGUAAGUAUUCUAACAUGAGAGAGUUGAUCAGUGAUAGUGUGUGUGUAUAUGAGACUAGUCUUAAUCUAAAUGUAUAUCUAUACCCAUCCUCUAAUUUGUGAGGCGCAAUUAUUUUGUGAUUGUCAAGUGUGGAUGCUGCCCUAUGCACAUUUGACCAAAUGUAGUAUAUAAAUGUAUUUAUUUGGUUGAACAAGUACUGUAACAGAUGAAAUGGUUACCUCACGAGUCACUCUGUGGGAGUUCAGUAGAACAUUGUCAGUGGCAAAUGCUUAUGCUGCUAGAAAAGCUUUCCUUGGCAAUUAAAGGGAUAGUUCACCUAAAUGUAAUAUGGUCAUGCAAAUUAUGACAUUUGGGAGAAAUGUCCCUUUAACCACUAUUUUGCACAUUUUUUUUUACAGAGGUAUUGGUUUCCCGGCAUCCUAAAACAAUAGUGCUUUAACUAUUAUUCACAUUUCAAAUGUAUGUCAUUGAACACUUGUCUUUUGACCUAACGAAGGGUGAAGACAGUUGUGAACAAAACAAGAUGUGUUAUUUUGUGGUUUUCUGUUUUUUAAAAUCUACAUUUUAAAUACUUUUCAAUACUGCCACCUAGCGGGCAUUUUCAAAGGUUUCCCUGCAUGUAGUUUGUAACAUUUGAUUAGUCUCUGACAAUCACAUCCUGCAAAAAAAAAGAGAUGUUUAUUUUUCUAAAAAUGGUUUUAUUGGUGUAAACAUCAGAUCAGGAACAUAUGGUGCUGGUUUGGUAGGUUGAUUUGUCAACGCGUAAUUCGUUUUUUUUUUUCUCUCUUCACAUCCCUUUAUCAAACAUGACCAAAUCAUGCAACACAAAUAUUAUUCUUGUAAGACUCUUUACCCACCAUCUCUAAAAUGUAUGACACCUGUUAAGGGAUCACUGUAUAAAAAAGGGUCUCUCUUGGAAUAUU